AUGGUGAGAUCUCGACCACUUUUCGCGCGCGUGCUUCUCGCCCUGCUUCUAUCCUGCUGCUUCACAUCUGGCGACAUACCCGCCUCCUCCUCCACCCACUUGACCACCACAAGCACAAGAACAAGAACAACAACGGUAGCUGAGCUAGUACUAAGCGGAACCAACAGUGACACCGCCGACGACGAGCCCACGCCCACGCCGACCGCCAGCGGUAAUGAGACCGAGAUCAUCGUCAGCGCCAGCGGCGCGAGCAGUUCCUCCGAUGACGAGCCGACGACCACUGAGCCUCCCGGCCCGGUAAACACGCAGCCGUGCAACCUCUACGUCGAGUUCUGUACACGAUCGUAUGGGAACAUCACCUACGUCGGCACGCACAACUCGCCAUUCGUACGGCAAAACAACGCAGCGUCGAAUCAGCGGCUGGAUGUGGUUGCGCAGUUGAAUGAUGGCGUGAGAAUGUUGCAAGGACAAGCUCACAAGGCAAACGGAACAAUGUAUUACUGCCACACCAGUUGCGAUCUGUUGAAUGCGGGAACGGUAGAGGACUAUCUGAAGCGAGUGUACGAUUGGCUCAUGGCGCAUCCUUACGAAAUCGUCACGAUAUUGAUCGGCAACGGUGGUUUCGAUGCGAUCGAUGACUUCGUGGCCCCCGUCGAAGACUCGGGAUUAUCGAAGCUCGCCUAUGUGCCCGACAACCGCACGAUUGCGUACAAUGAGUGGCCGACACUGUCGGAGUUGAUCUUGAAAGGCAAAAGGGCAAUCAUCUUCGUCGACUACAAAGCGGACGAGAACAAGGUUCCAUAUCUCCUCGACGAGUUCACCUACAUGUGGGAAACACCGUUCUCGCAGACGAACCAGGACUUUCCGUGCAAUGUCGACCGCCCGCCAGACCAAAAUGCCACCGAAGCCGCCAGAAAGAUGUACAUGGCAAACCACAACCUGAACGUCGAGUUCACCGCGUUCGGGACGGUCGCCCUCGUGCCAAACACUAUCGCUAUCAACCAGACGAACGGCGUGGAUGGGUAUGGAUCUUUGGGGCUGCAAUCGGAGAAUUGCGAAGUGAUGUGGACGCGGCCGCCCAACUUCUUGCUGGUAGAUUUCUACGAUGCCGGCAACGGCAGUGUAUUCGAAGUCGCCGCGAAAGCGAAUGGCGUGACCUAUCCCGGUGGCUGCUGCGGAAAGGUCAAGUCUGCCGCACUCAGCAUUAUUGUCGCCGAGUCGUAA